AGGCAGCGGGGCGGUGAGGCGGGGGCUGGUCGCUGAGGCGCCGGUGCCCGGGCUCCCCCCUCAUGGCGGCUCGUGGGGCUCCGCUGUGACUCAGCGCUGUCCCCCGGGGGGGUUGGGGGUGACGGGUCCCCGCGGGGGGGGACCGACACGCAGGCUGCCAGCUUCCCUCCCGCUUCCCUCAGAGGUCCGGCGCAGCCCCCGGGUGACCUGCCGUGCCAGCCCGCGGCCUCCGCGCUACCUGAGCCAAUGCUAGAUCUGGAGGUGGUGCCCGAGCGGUCUUUGGGGAACGAGCAAUGGGAGUUCACCUUGGGAAUGCCAUUGGCUCAGGCUGUAGCAAUUCUUCAGAAACACUGUCGCAUUAUCAAAAAUGUCCAGGUUCUCUACAGUGAGCAGUCACCUCUUAGCCAUGACCUCAUCCUUAACCUGACUCAGGAUGGAAUCAAACUGCUGUUUGAUGCUUUCAAUCAGAGACUUAAGGUGAUUGAAGUUUAUGACUUGACUAAGGUGAAGUUAAAAUAUUGUGGUGUCCAUUUUAACUCUCAGGCAAUUGCUCCAACUAUAGAACAAAUUGAUCAGUCAUUUGGAGCAACACAGCCAGGAGUGUAUAAUUCAGCUGAGCAACUCUUUCACCUCAAUUUCAGAGGACUGUCAUUUUCUUUUCAGUUAGACUCCUGGACUGAAACUCCGAAGUACGAGCCUAACUUUGCCCAUGGUCUAGCCUCUCUGCAAAUUCCACAUGGUGCGACUGUGAAACGUAUGUACAUCUACAACGGAAACAGUCUGCAGGAUACGAAGGCUCCCUUGAUGCCUCUCAGCUGUUUCCUUGGUAAUGUGUAUGCCGAGAACGUUGAUGUUCUGAGAGAUGGAACUGGACCCUCAGGUUUACGGCUUCGCCUACUCACUGCAGGUUGUGGCCCGGGUGUUUUAGCCGAUGCCAAGAUGCGGGUAUUUGAGCGUUGUGUAUACUUUGGUGAUUCGUGCCAGGAUGUGCUGAGCACCUUGGGGUCUCCGCACAAAGUCUUCUACAAGUCUGAAGAUAAGAUGAAAAUCCAUUCACCCUCGCCCCAUAAGCAGGUCCCAUCAAAGUGCAAUGACUACUUCUUCAAUUAUUUCACACUUGGAGUGGAUAUUCUCUUUGAUGCAAACACUCACAAGGUGAAGAAAUUUGUCCUGCAUACAAAUUAUCCUGGUCAUUACAACUUUAACAUUUACCAUCGCUGUGAAUUCAAGAUUCCGCUAGUCAUUAAGCGAGAUAGUGCUGAUUCACAGACAGAAACAUGUACAACAUAUAGCAAGUGGGACAGUAUUCAGGACCUUCUGGGGCACCCUGUAGAGAAGCCAGUGGUACUUCACAGGUCAUCAUCUCCGAACAACACUAACCCAUUUGGGUCAACCUUUUGCUUUGGACUGCAACGAAUGAUCUUUGAGGUGAUGCAGAAUAAUCACAUAGCUUCUGUUACUCUGUAUGGCCCAACACGGCCCAGCAGCCAGUUGAGAACAUCGGACCUUCCCCAGUGAGCAUCCCCUGCAAAGUCAGCUAAUCUCAAUGCUACGAAAUUAGUACAGCGUGCCUUGAUUUGCUGCCACUUAUAAUAUGGAAAGCACGUUACGAUUUUUUUUUUUUUCAAUAAGCCUUUCCACCCAGGAGCGGUGUGGAGGGAAAAUUCUCUCAACCCUUCAUCAUGGGGCAUGGAACUGUUGAUGGAGGAAAGCAGCUUAGGUGCCUGUGCCGUCGUUUAUUCUUCUCCGUUGCCCUCAUCCUAUGCAGCACAGACCUGAAGAGACUGUCCUCCCUUCUCAACUGGCAGAAGGGGGAAAUGGAAGAGGGGCACGUAAUGACUGCAAGAGUUAGAAGCACAAACUUUCUGAGCCUUGGAGCAUCUGGAAGCAGGUAUUGAUUUUAGUCUGUUUGUGUUACUGUAUUGAUGUGGUGGUCACAUUUUAAGAAAAACGUGUGUGUGUAUAUAUAUAGAUAUAAACACAUCGGUAUUUCUGUGGCUUAGGACAUUGUACCAAGUGUGACAAGGAUGUAUAUAUGUCCAUGAUUUCAGGCACCACAUCUUUGUGUAACUUUAAACCAAGCAAGUAGCAUGUGCAUAAUACUUGGUUGUAACAUUUGCACUACAUACACUUUAAUUACUUGAUAAACGUUUAUCUUCACUGAGGAGCAUCUGUGUACUGGGUGUGAGUGGGGUGUGAUGGUUAUUUAAUGUACGCUGUGCAAAAAGCUUAUUUAUACAGUGGAUCAAAUUUAUCCACCUUCCUGCACUAAUAUGUACUUGAUAUGCUGAAACAAUUUUUUUCUGCCGUGGCUGGUUUACUAAUUUUUUUUUCAUACGCAGUUUCAAAAAGAAAAAAAUCUGGAAGAGGUUAUUUCUAUGAUUGAAUUAUGUUUUAGUGAAAAGAUUUGAUACAAUUUUUCAUACUAGUGAAAAAUUUAACAAAGAAAUAGCAUUGCCUCAUUUGCUUCUGUUCCAAAAUCCUUUACUUCCUACUCUGUUUCCUUAGAGAAAGAAAAGCUGUAUAUAAUGGUAUCUCAGAAAGAAAUUCCCGAGCUCUGCCAUCACCAAGAAAACCUUUUCUGUAACUUUCUGAUGUAUGAUUUUAAUUUAUGCCAAAGGUUUAGCCAAAGACAUCCUUAUUGUAGUUUCACCAUUUCUGUACAUAUAUGCUAACUGCACACCCCACCCCAGCAGACAGGAUAUAGGCUUCUUUCUAAUUGGGAGAUGCUGCUCGCGACAUUUUAUCCCAGGAGGAUACUUUAGGUUUCUAGUUCUCUUACCGGUCUUAUUUGGGGGAAAUAGGUGGUCUGUCUUUGAAAUAUUGAACCCUUUUUAAAAAUGGACAAGAGAAAUGUAUAAUUUUAUCCCAUUUUUAAUAUUUUGGUGUAGCAACUUGUGAUACAUAGAUGACGAUUUUGUGAGUUUUACUAUGUGUGUACAGAUUUUGUAAAUACGACAUUUUUGUAAUUUUAACUCCAUGUACAGUGUAAUCCUGUAUAGUUUAUCAAUGAAUGAGAGAGAGGAAAUCGAAUGUUAACUGAAGUUUUGGAUCCUGGACCAGUAGCAGGGAUAAAUGUGGUGUGUGUGUGAGACGUUCUUUGCCAUUUAGUCUUCCUGUAUACUGUGACACUCUAAACUGUUUUGCUAAAACAAACAAAAAAGCCCAAUGGAGAAUCUAAUGGAUAAGGAAAAAGUUACUGUUUACCUUUAUCCCUAGGUGUCACUCCUGUUGAAUCCCUGUUCAAUCUGUGCUGUCUCCUGUGAUCAUUGCUUGCUAAGAAAAUUCUAUGCCUCAACCUUCCUUUUGUUCCCUCUCUAAUUUUAAUUUCAUUUUACAUAGCCCUUCUGUAAAUUAAAUGGAAUAAUAAUGAGCAUGUACACUGAAAGAAAAAUAAAGAGACUCUCAGUUACUGGUUUUGUGUUAAA